AUGCCACCCGCUAUUCCUGACAAGAUUCCAUAUCAAUUGCAACGUGAAAUUGAAGAUCUUAGAGUCUCUCUCGACCGAGAGGAAACGGAGGAAUCAUGGGAACCAAUGCAACGCUCUCUGGCAAGAUUCAAAUCUUUGGUCCGUGGGGGUGCCUAUAGACAUGAUUCCUUCGUUCCUAGUCUCAGACCGGUCUCCAGACUUAUCAAUCCACCUGUAAGGAUAAGACGAGCUCAUAUGGAGCUUGUAUCUACACUCGCGUCCGCCCUAGGAAAGAGAUUUGAUCCUCUAAUGCUGGUAUUUGCUCCGACAUUAAUGAAACUAUGCCAGCGUCCCAACAAGGUGGUCAUCACGCGAACACAUGCAUGCAUUACCAAUAUAAUUCAGCAAACAAGAUUGCCCUCAAUAAUUCCAUUUUUCAAAGAUGCAUUGAAAGACAAGAGCGUCAAUCUGCGGACUGUCGCUUCUGAAUCUACGAACCUCUGCAUGAAGCACAUCGAUGAGGAGAGACUAGUCUCUAGAUUACCCGACAUAGAAGCCAUUAUCAAGUUGGCAGGAAGAGAUGCUAAUCCCGAAGUUCGAAAGAAUGCCCGCAUCAUGCUCCAAGAAUAUCGAGACCGUUUCCCUGAACGCUACGCCAUGCAAAAGGCCGCUGCAGCAGGCCUCAACGUUGAUGCACCACCCCUGCGCCUACAGCUGACGGUCGCCAAUACGAGCAAGAAAGCUGGGCCAGAUAAAACAUUGAAAUCGUCUCAGGGUAUGGAGAGGCCCCUUUCAGCGGUGGCAGAUGUCCAACCUGGGCCUUCCAAACACCCUUCAUUGGCCGCAGUCGCCUUGCCUCCUAGACCACAUUCUGUGGCAUCUAUUCGUCCCAAGGUGGUUUUAUCUCAAGAUCUUCCACUGGGUCGAGAAAUUGCUGGACCUUCUCGUCCAGUUAGCGUGCACUUACCUGGCGAGGUUGACUGGUUAUCCAACCAGCCUAAUGAGCCACCUAAGCCGUCCGGUCUCAGUAAAAUGAACAAACGGAAAGACACACAAAAACAGCUUUCUCGAGGAGACGCAUCCGGGUCUGGGGAGGGCCCUGUGCCAAUCACUUUCCCGCAAUCCUACGAAGGUAAUGAGAGAGAACGAGUCCUCUCUGACAGCCGUCAACGUUUAGCAUUUACCUCGAUAAAGAGUGAAGGAGAAGAGUCUAAUCGCGCCUUAAGGGUAGCGGGCGGCCUUGGUACAUCGAGAAACAGGAUGGAGAACAUGGCCACACUUGACCACCCCCCACGUCCGAAUUCAGCCGCUUCGGACAGGCCAACUUUCAUGCGACCGAAAGGCACUCGUUCCAACAAAGUCGCCGACUCCUCGCGCAAUGCGCGUCCUAUCUCAGCCACAUCGGACACCCUGGAGCGAUUUGGAUCAUUACCGGUCGACAUGGCUCCCUCAGAGACUCCUCCGAAAUCCGUACAACCUACUACUACACCUUUCAAAGCACAAGACUCAUGGUCAGUACCACCUCCAGUAUCCGUGCCUGCCCAGACACCGAGUGGAGGGUUUUCAAGACCGACAGUAGUGUACCUCCCCUCAACAGAAGUUGAGGCAGCUCCUCGUCCUCGUGCGCAAAAAACUUGGUCCCUAGCUUACCAAUUGGAGCUGUUAAAUAAGAAGAAGAGGUUGGAGGACGGAAAAGCAGAAAUGGAUCUUGUAGUACCCAUUCACCCCGUCGUAGAUGAACCUGCGCAGCCGAAAAGCCCAGAGGAAGAACAGCAAGUCAUAGUCCGAGAUAAAGAAGAACUGCCUGAGCCAAAACUAUCAACUUCCCCAAUUCCAACAGAGCCUGAAGUAGAGCCUGAAGUAGAGUCUCCAGGACAAUCAGAGCUAUCUAGUCCCACAGAAGCUAUUCAAGCCAAGAGAGAGGAUAUAAAGAAAGAUCCGGAGCCCAUCAAGUUCCCGACCAAAGAGGAAGAGAAAGUGGCACCAGCACUAGCCCCCGUGCAAGCUCCUAAAGCUCAAGGAGGAACUAAGCCUGCUCAAGCUCCAUCGAAUCUUGGUUCAUCCACGAGAUCUCGAAUAGUGUCCAAUAGUAGCGGUAAUGGAGCUGUGAAAGGCCAGCCAAGAGCUCGAGUAGUAUCUGGGACCUCUAAAGCGGCGCCCCCAGCCAACCACUCUCGCAAGCCUUCCGCCGAUGUUAAGGACAGUAUGAAAAUGCCAGUCAAGAUCCCAACCCAGAGAGCACCUCAGUCAUCGGGAUUUGUUCCUAAACGUAACUUGAAGAGCUCAGUGAUGCAGCCAACAAAGGCUCAAGAAGCGCGAGCUCAGGCGUUGAAAACCGAAAAGAUGGCGUCACAAGCUGCUACCAAGUCGACUGCCCUAUCUAGCUCGGUCAACGGGACUGGGAAUCAGCCUCCUUCCCGACCUCCCUCCAGGCCUCCAUCUAGGAUGAAUGACGUAGGAAAACAUAAUUCAGAAUUAACCAGGUCCAAGAGGGCCGAUGCAAAAGCUACAGAUCCUACCACCGAUAAAGCAGCGAUACCAACUAGGAAACCACCCGUGCCUACAGUGUCGUCACUGGUCAAGACCCAUGCCGCAAAGAGAGAGGCCGGUCUUUCCAAAGUAAUUGUUCGAAUGGGAGGUCAACCCGCAGCUAAAAUUUUCAAUGCACCAAAGCCAAAGGUCCGAGGCGUGGCGCCUGUACACACUAGCAAGAAGAUAAUUAGAGCCGUUCAAGAUAAUGACGCAGCAAGGUUGCAAUCCGAAACUACGCAGCAAUUGCCACCGACUUCGACCGGACUUCUUACCAUCACUCCUACUCCUGGCAACGAAUCGAAUCUGCUCCACUUUGGUGCGCCAUCGCAAGCGCUCGAAGCAUCAAAUGUUCAUCCGAGUGCGUCCACGGCAACAGGUCCGAGGGGAGAUGGAAAAAAAAACGAAUUGAGCCUUGUGGUAGAAUUGUCGGAAGGCACGCUGCCGACGCCUUCGUCUUCCUUCGCCCUGGGAGAUGAUAGGUACAGUGCCACUCUCAAGCACCCUACCGAGACCGUUCGUCCUGUUGCGCCAGUUAAGG